AUGCCUUUAUUUCCAAUGGGAACCGGCGUCCAGAAUGAUCAGAGGCAGACCUCCGACCCAAACCAUCAUGGAACACCCGUCUCCCUCGCCACCAGGACAAAGAACAGAAGAAAGCGCUACCUAGACCUCCACCCAGAGUACUUCUCUGCAGACCUCGAGCUAGCCGACCCCCUACUCUACGACCGCCUAAUCCGCCGCUUCCAAACGCCGUCCGAGCGCGAAGCCGAAGGACGCGCAAAGGGCUUCUCCGGCGUCCUCCAAGCCGACCUUCUGCGAUCGGAAGCUAAAAUGGAUGCGCUGAGCCAUCCCGAUCCGCACGCGCUGUUUACGUACGCUCGCGGGCCGAACGGCGAGAUAUUGGCGGAGGACCGCGACGAGAUUCCGCCUAGUAAGGAGGAGGGCGAGAAGGCGUGGCGAUUUGAAAUGACGAUGAGGUUCCUGCGCGGGGAGGAUGACGACUUUGAUUAUACGGAGGUUGAUGGGAAUGAGGAGCUUGAUGAUGCUAGUGAGGAGCAGGAGAAGUAUUUCGAUGACGAGGAGCCUGAGUGGGUUAUUGAGGGGCAAGGGAAUGGCGAUGUGAGAGAGAGACUGACGGGGGAAACUGGGAUUCAAGAUUUCUGA